AUGUUGAGGUUCCUUCCUUUUCUAUCAGAACUUGACCUAAGACACAACCCCCUUACUCUUGGAUUUUAUGCGAUUCUAUCUCAAUCGGUAGACUUGACAAGGUCGGAAACCUCCGGGGAGACUAUCGACCCCAGCCCCUUCCUCAUGCAGCACCAAGAUAAAGAGAGCGAUGAAAUGUUUCAAAGAUCGAUGACGGAGGAUACGGCGGUCGCACGUCGAUGCUACGAUAUUCUUAUUGGAGAGCAGUGCCCCCAGAUGGCACACCUUGAUGGCUUAGUGUUUGAUAUCAAGCAUAAACUGCGUCAUGAUUUGAUUUGGGAGCGUAUGACCAAAUUAGGACUCUUGUUUGAGGCCAAAUAUACGGGAAAUAGCGACCCGACGCUCGAUAGUUGA